UUUCCAUUUCUAUUUUUUUUUCUAUUUUUUUGCCUUAAGCUCUGAUUGGAAUUUGGAAGUGUCUAGAACCCCAAAGCACAACACCCCUCUCUCUCUAUAAACCCUUUCUCCGUCUUCUCACCCAUUUUCAUCUGAAAUUCCUAGAUUUGUCUCUCUAGAUUAUUCAGCUGCUAUCAAUCAACCUCGCACUUCAGUCCAUUUCUCUCUCAUCUAGAAAAUGGAAGAUUUUGAAAUGCCGGCGGCGGAGGAAAUGAUGAACGACGAAGCAAUGGACUUCGGCGACGAAGCUCCACCGAUGAAAGUCGGCGAAGAACAGGAGAUCGGUAAAGAUGGCUUGAAGAAGAAGCUUCUCAAGGAAGGUGAUGGCUGGGAUACUCCUGACAAUGGCGACGAAGUUGAAGUGCAUUACACUGGAACAUUGUUGGAUGGAACGAAGUUCGAUUCGAGCCGCGAUAGAGGCACUCCUUUCAAGUUCACUCUUGGCCAAGGUCAAGUCAUUAAGGGGUGGGAUGUUGGUAUUAAAACGAUGAAAAAGGGUGAAAAUGCUGUUUUGACUAUUCCUCCCGAGAUGGCCUAUGGAGAAAGUGGUUCACCUCCUACCAUCCCGCCGAAUGCUACUCUGCAAUUUGAUGUCGAGCUUCUAUCUUGGCUUAGUGUGAAGGAUAUUUGCAAGGAUGGUGGAAUCUUUAAGAAAAUUCUCACUGAAGGAGAGAAGUGGGAAAAUCCAAAGGAUGCUGAUGAGGUGAUUGUGAGUUACGAAGCUCGCCUUGAAGAUGGAACAUUGGUUGGGAAGUCUGACGGCGUGGAGUUCACUGUUAGUGAAGGUCAUUUCUGUCCUGCACUGUCAAAGGCUGUGAAGACUAUGAAGAAGGGGGAGAAGGUGCUUCUAACUGUUAUGCCGCAAUAUGGGUUUGGAGAGCAAGGCAAGCCGGCUUCUGGCAAUGAAGGUGCUGUUCCUCCAAAUGCCACACUUCAAAUCACCCUAAUGCUGGUAUCGUGGAAGACUGUGUCUAAUGUCACUGAUGACAAGAAGGUUGUCAAAAAGAUACUGAAGGAAGGAGAAGGAUAUGACCGCCCUAACGAGGGAGCUGUUGUAAAAUUGAAAUUAAUUGGAAAGCUUGAAGAUGGCACUGUAUUUUUAAAGAAGGGUCAUGAAGAUGGAGAAGAGCCUGUUGAAUUUAUGACAGAUGAAGAACAAGUUAUCGACGGGCUUGAUAGAGCUGUUUUGACAUUGAAGAAAGGAGAGGUGGCCCUGUUGACUAUUGCUCCAGAAUAUGCCUUUGGUUCAGUGGAAUCCAAGCAGGACUUGGCUGUGGUUCCUCCCAACUCUACAGUGUAUUAUGAAGUAGAAUUGGUUUCAUUCGUGAAGGAGAAGGAAUCCUGGGACAUGAACACCGAAGAGAAAAUUGAAGCAGCAGGCAAGAAGAAGGAAGAAGGAAAUGCAUUGUUUAAAGCUGGAAAAUAUGUCAGAGCAUCAAAGAGAUAUGAGAAGGCUGUCAAAUAUGUAGAGUAUGACACAUCAUUCAGUGACGAGGAGAAGAAGCAGACAAAGGUCUUGAAGAUAUCUUGCAAUUUGAACAAUGCAGCCUGUAAGCUGAAGUUGAAAGAAUAUAAACCGGCAGAGAAACUUUGCACCAAGGUGUUGGAAAUGGACAGCAUGAAUGUUAAAGCACUCUACAGAAGGGCACAGGCAUAUAUGAACUUGGCAGAUCUUGAGUUGGCAGAGUUUGACAUUAAGAAGGCUCUGGAAAUUGACCCUGAAAACAGAGAUGUUAAACUGGAACAGAAGAAGUUGAAGGAGAAAAUGAAAGAAUAUAACAAGAAGGACGCCCAACUUUAUGGCAAAAUGUUCUCAAAGUUCGCUUGAUUCAAAUGCAAGACUGUAAGGAAUAAGCUGGAGCAGAACUAAUAUGGCAAUUAUUCAACUAAAGGGUGUUGUGGUUUCACUAUUACCUUUCUUUUGACCUUAGUUACAGAACAUGGAAAUCCUUUUGAUUUGAGAAACGCUGAUAUGGUUUCCUCUCAUAGUGGAUAAUUGGUUUUUCUUUAACCAGUGUUUAAUUAUGAAUUGGAAUAGACAUUUGAAUAUUACGCUGA